GGGGGGGGGGGGGGUCCGGGUUGCAUCUUGCAUUUAAACUGUACUCUUCUGGCCUUGGGAUCCUAUUCGGGUUUUCUUGAUUGGCUCGCCUUUUUUUGAAGGACUGGGUCUUGUCUUUUCAGGUGCAGACUUGCCUGAUCUUUCCUCUCUCUUUUUUUCUUUCUCCCACAAACUACUUCCCACUAUACACACUCAUUCCCUGUCUUGUCCUUGCCUGCACGGCAUCGUCCAGGAUUUACGCUGUGCAACACACAAAGCGGCUGGCAUUGAGAUCCCGACUUGGCUCUGUUUUUUUUCUACCCAACUAUUCCAGUCCCCUCCUUGUCAUUGACGCGCCGCUAUCCUCCUUCGUUUAUGUAUUUUCGCUUCUCGCCCUUUGCUGUGUUCUACUCAAGAGAUAUGUUCGCGUAUCAAACCGGGUGAACGUGGCUCUCGCAGUCCCCGUUUUACCUUGUCAAUCCGAGGUAUAUACCCCUCAUACACAAAGUCCACCCUCUGCAUCUGCUUCGCAGACCUCGCAGAUCUCUACGUUGUGGCAUUUGCUCUCGGCCACUGUUCCCCACCAAGCCGAGUCAUCAUCACCCUGUGUUCACCAUAAUCAUGUCCGAUCCACCCCAGGACCUGCUGGAUGGUAUCUCCGGCGCACUGGCGGCAGAAGGCGACGUCCUCCAAAUGAUCCUAGUCACAUUCAUCGGGCUGUCAUGCUACAACGUCGCCGAACUAGUCGUCCUCGUCCCGUCGACAUUCCGCCGUUGGCGCGGUCUCUAUUUCUGGUCCCUCCUCGCCUCGGGCUGUCUAGGCGUCGUCCCAUACUCGAUCGGCUUCUUGAUGAAAUUCUUUACCCAGGCCGACUCCGUUUUAUCAGUCACCGUGUUGACGGUGGGCUGGUGGACGAUGGUGACGGGCCAAUCGAUCGUGCUGUACUCGCGCCUUCAUUUGGUGUUGCGGGAUGAAAAGAUCCUGCGCCGCGUGUUGUGGUUGAUCGUGGCCAAUUUCUUUCUUUUGCAUAUCCCGACAACCGUUCUGACGUAUGGCGCGAAUAUCGUGCAUACCGGUGAUAUCGCCUGGAUCAAGGGGUACAAUAUCAUGGAGAAAAUUCAGCUUACGGGAUUUACCAUCCAGGAAUCCCUCCUGGGGACGUUGUAUGUUAUUGAAGCUGUGAAAUUGCUUCGUCUCGGUGCGGACGUUACGGCCAGACCGGAUGCGAGGUCGAUUAUGUACCAACUCAUCGGGAUCAAUUGUGCUAUUAUCGCGAUGGAUGUGUUGUUGCUGGGUCUUGAAUAUGCGAAUCUUUAUGCCGUCCAGAUCACGCUCAAGGGGUUUGUGUACUCGCUCAAAUUGAAGUUGGAAUUUGCCGUGUUGGGCAGAUUGGUGGAUCUGAUACAGGGCUCGCGGCAUCCUAUUUCUCUAGCUAUGGCGGAUACCCUGCCGCUUUGUUCGGUCCAGCGUCCGCCGGAGACGCCGGACCGGAAGGAUGAUUUGCCUUGUACCCCGGAGUCGAAGGAGGUAUUAUCCACGCCGGAUGGAGCAAAGAUUGUGGAGGGAAAGGAUUUUAUGGAAGUUGGUCCAGGAUUUCAUGGUAGAUGAUCAUGAUCAUGAGAAUAAAUAAUGUUAUAUCCAUUU